AUGGAGGCGAGACGCUCGCUGCUGCUCAUCCUUCUGGUGGCCGCCGACGGCCUCCGUGCCAUUAACGUCUGCCCACCUGGCGGUGACCAGUGCUCCGUCAAUACCGAAUUCCUCAAGGCUGAAAUCGAAAAGGCGACUGAAGAGUACAAGUUGGCUCUAGAGCAGAAAGUGAACGAAAUUGCGAAGAUACUACGACACAUAGCAGGCGAUGCACACCCUAAAACAGACUCCGACUCAGAGAAGGAGCAGGUUGAAGGUUUGAGAAGCGAAUGCUCAGUAGCUGAGAUUAGCAACAAACUGUCGGCGUUUGAAAACGAGCUCUCUUCCGCAUUGAAGGAGCUACCCAAUCGCAUCUCCAAGUUUGACAGCAAGUUUGAGCUGACCAUGAAGAAGUUCGAGCAGGACAAAGCAUCUACGAUCAAUUUUCUAGACACGAGACUAACCGAGAUAAAGAGCAGUAUCUUAGGUGACGUCUACGCUAAACUGACCGAUAUGAUUCAAGUCAAUGAAAGGCUGAGUAUGGCCCAAGAUCAGCGCAUCGAUGGUCUGGAAACUAGAAUAACUUCAAAGCUGGAGCCACUGGUGAUUGACAUUGAGCGAAAGCUGAGCGUUUUCUCUGAAAAGGUGGAAAAGAUGGAAGAAAAGAAACUCCUGGCUCGCGACAUCCAGAAACACAGUUUUGAAGAAAUGUUCCACUCCCUAAACUCGAGUGUAAUGUUCGAAAUGAACCAGCGUUUCACGCGAGCUGAUGAAAAAUUGACCGAGCUGGACAAGCACCGCGAGGACACGAUCGAGAAUUUGAACAAAACUAUAACGGAUCUUGUGAAGCCGCUUGCGCAGGACGUGAGAGAAAGCUCGCUGCGCAUAGGCAAACAGAUCGAGCAGUUGAAAAACGAGUCGCAAGUAAGAGGUCAAGAAAUGACCAAUUUCCUAAGCAGGGCGGCCGAUUCCCUUAAAAAGGUGUUUCUUCUUCUAAAUAAAAUUGAAAUCAAAUUGCUCUCUGAUUGCUCCAAAGCAAGUCGCCUCACUCUGACGACCCUUCCAUCCGGUCAGUACUACUUCAGUACAGUCGAGACUGACUGGUACAAGGCAAAGGCAUUCUGCGACCGAUUCGGCAUGCAGUUGGCCAGCAUAGAGACGGAGGAGGAGAGGAAAACCUUAUUUGCAUCAGCCCCCAUUAAAAACAAUUACUACUGGUUGUCUGGCAGCGACAUCGGACACAUUCCUGGCCAUUUUUACUGGUCGACGGGCCACCGCGUGGACGACACGUGGUGGUCGAGCGGACAACCGAACGACUUUGGCGAAUCGAAGGAAACGUGCAUUGAACUGCACACCAACGGCGGCCGCCUCAUUGACUAUAAGUGCAACGACGACGAUUACUUCAUUUGCGAAGUCAGUCCCGACUGCAAGUACUUCAACAAUUUAGUCCAGCAGUGAAGCACACCCAGCCUGCCCAGUGCCGUCCGCGCAAAGCUAUUUCCUGUAGCAUUUAAUAUUGAGAGAUGUAA